AUGGCAAAACCCCAGCCCCAGCUACCAGAAAUCGUUUUCGUCAGCGAACAAGUCGCUUUGGAGCCAUCACUCGGCUGGUUGAGAGCCUGGCGUCUGCCAACGAAUAUCAUCAAAUCGUUGAUGCAACCAUUCCUGAACCGAAUCAUUCUCUUCUCAGAGCUCCAAGAUGGAGAGCGCAGCUCCAGCCAAGACAAUCCGCAGUUGGGCGACAUCGACUUUUUAGCCGAGGCGAAGGAUAGUAUCCACGACAGUGAAGGUACGAAACAAGAACCAGCGACGAGUCUAAAAAGCCUCUGCACCAUUGCGGUGGAUCAGCAGAGUAUCUCGAGUCAAGAUAGCAGUGGCCCAAACAGAUGGUGCAUUGAUGUUACCGUAGGGGGAGUAGUAGCGGUGUUUACUCGAUUUGAUACUCAAUCCGACUCGCAUUUCAUAACUCGACCAGCUCUCGUCCGAAUUAUCAACGCCGGAGUAGAGGUCAACAUCAGACCUAUUCCACCGGGAAAAGUCAAUAAGUACGAAACUCCAAUUCGAGGCUCGACGUUCAUGCCACAACACGAUGUCAAGUUAUGGAUGGAAAACAAGGAGAUUCGUUCAAGGAAAAAGAUCGCCCUGAAGAUUAUUGAGGACACAGAUGCCGAUCAGAUAAUUAUCGGAAACAACCUUCUGACUCUUGAAUUCCUUGCCCGAGUUGAAGAAGCCAACAAAAGAACCUCAACGUCGGCAGAUAGCACAGACUUCCUAGCAACUCUUGUCAAAAGGAGACGAACAAAAAAAGAGAUCGAGGCCGCGGCCGCUAAAGACAAGGCAAAGCGGGAAGAAGACCACGAAAAAUGGCUCCGCAUUCAGGAGCUGAAGAGCAAACAACCAAAAACAACGCCGCAAAGCCCUUGGACUGGAGUUCGGCAACGGCUCGUGGGUGAACCUUCAGCGAUGAUACUGAGCGAUAGCCGCCACUCCAGUCACUCGACUCAAGCGACGGUUCUCAAUGAAUACAAUGACGGUCAUCAGUCUGCGCAUUUGCAAGACCGAAUCCACGAACAAUAUCAUGGUUCACAACCUUUUGAGAAUCAAAUGUACUACAAUGCUCCCAGCACUCGAUCGAUUCUACCAGUGCAGGGCUCUGAGGUGGCGGAAAUACAAAGCCAGAGAUCCGGGACAGGAUCCUCGCAAUACACACAUUACUCCUUCUCUCAGCAUACAAUGUCCUCGAUGUCCAGCGCCCCUUCGUUCGUCACAGACAUGAAGCCCGGCUCGCGAAGCAGCAGCUGGUUUGACGAUGAUGAUUUUGAAUAA